GUUCCGGUUCAAAUGUCAUCGAUCGUCGUUUGUAUUUUUGAAUUAAGGAAAUCAAUUAAUUUUAGAUUCAUUAAAACCUAAUUAAGGAGAGAUGCCUGUCUAUUUAUGGCUGUAAUAAUGAUGAUAAUUAUUAUUGAGAUGCGUUGGUGUAAGGAAGGUUGAGAGAGAUGGUCAUGGAUGGAGAUUCCCGUUAAUUGCAGUGUCUAAGUCCACCAAAACCCGUUUCCUUCUUGUUCCUGCGUAAAUCUUGUUGUUUAGCAAAAGAGAGUUUGGUCAAUGUUGGAACUGUGUCGAAUAGAAACAACAGACAUGGCAUUGGGCCUUAAUUGAGAUAAUUAAUGGACCUUAAUUGUGACGGGUCUGACCCUUUCCGUGGGGCACCGCCCCCUCCUCCUCUUCUGAUAUUAUUCGAAAUGGUUCCACAUUGUUUAUGUAAAGUUGAGUCAAGAACUUCUGCUCCAAGAUUCUUUAAACAAAUAUGAAAUUUUAAGAACUAAAGAAGGACAUUAUCAAGAAUGAUUUUGGCAAUAUUUCUGUAACUCUUGUUCAAUUACUGGAAAAUAUUUGGUUUACAAUUAAGAGCAAUUGUUUAAUUGAUUGGAAAUAUAUUGGCUGGGUGGUGGUGGUGGUGGUUAAAACUGGAGAAAUUUAACAUUACACAUUAAUUCUAAUUUUGUAGUGUUUGAGUUCUGUAUUUGAAAUAUUGGUAAGAAAGGAAUUAUAACUGAUCCGCAGUGUGGGUGUGUGUGUGAAGGCCCAGAUUUAAAGAUUUCCUUUUGAUAACUCUGGUAAAGCAUUUACACAAAAUAGUAACAUCACUGAAAACAAAUGAGUUCACAGAAGUUCUCUGUUUAAUUCUCUUUGAUAUUCUUAGCUAAAAGUUCAUGGUUAAAGUUUUUUAUCUGCCCUUAAAAGUAUUCAUACAGGUGAGGAAGCUUACCUCUGUGAUAUCUGUGGUAAAGCCCUCUCACAGAAGAGCAGCACUAUGCUUGUCCAUAAACGUAUUCAUAAAGAUGACCAGCCAUAUAAUCCUGAUGUCUGUGAUAAACCAAUUCCUUGUGACACUAGUUUAAGUAAUGACAGAGUUGUUAACAUUAGUAAGAAAUUAUAUCACUGUGAUAUUUGUGGUAAAGCAUUUUCGCACAAAGGUACAAUGAAUGUGCAUAAACGUAUCCACACAGGUGAAAAACCCUACCACUGUGAUAUCUGUGGUAAGGCAUUCCCUCAGGGUUGUAAUUUAACUGAGCACAAACGUGUUCAUACCGGGGAGAAACCCUACAAGUGUGAUAUCUGUGGCAAAACAUUUUCAAGUAAAAGUGGUAUGGUGGUUCAUAAACGGGUCCAUACAGGUGAGAAACCAUUCCAUUGUGAUACCUGUGGAGAAGCUUUCUCUCAGAUUGGGAAUUUAAAGAAGCACAAACGUAUUCAUAGCGGUGAAAAAUCAUACCAUUGUGAUAUUUGUGGUAAAACCUUUUCAUACAAAGGUGGUAUGCUUGCGCACAAACGUACUCAUACAGGUGAAAAACCUUACCCCUGCGAUAUCUGUGGUAAAUCAUUCUCCCAUAAAAGCAGCAUGCUUGUGCACAAACGUAUUCAUACAGGUGAGAAGCCUUACCAUUGCAAUAUCUGUGGUAAGAAAUUCUUACACAAAACUGGAAUCCGUGUCCAUAACCGUAUUCACACAGGUGAAAAGCCUUAUCAAUGUGAGGUUUGUGGUGAAGCUUUCCUUCAGAAUUGUUAUUUAACUGAGCACAGACGUGUUCAUACAGGAGAAAAACCAUUCCAAUGUGAUAUCUGUGGUAAGAAAUUUUCAAGUAAAAGUGCUAUGCUUAUCCAUAAACGGGUUCAUACAGGUGAGAAACCUUUUCAUUGCGAUACCUGUGGGCAAGCUUUCUCACAGACCGGAAACUUAAAGAAGCACAAACGUAUUCACAAGAAAUAGUAAUUCUUCACCACAGAAAUUUCAUAUCAUACCCAUAUGUCCUUCUCACUAAUUGUGGCACUGAGAUAUAAUCUGUCUUAAAGUUUGUCUGAAUGAAAUCUUGUGGCUGGUCACAAACACAGAUCCACAUAAUAAAAAAAAAAUUGAAAUUUGUAGUUUUUUUAUUACAUUUUUAAAUUUUGUAAUAAAAUUCACAGAAAUGUAAUCUCCCAUACCAGACUGAACAUUGACCAUCAUAACAAACACCUCAAGAAAUAUCUUCCAAUCUAGACACAAAGCCCAAGUGACAAUCACUAACAACCAUAACCAGUUAUUUUCCCAAGAUUUCCAACUUUUGGGAAUUUCUUCUCCAGUCACUUUUUCCCCACAAACAUUUCUUGUGUGGAUCAACCUACAAAAGACAGGAACAUUUACCUGUUGUCUCUCAUAAAAUUAGAAAACACAAAAGUCAGAAUAGUGUAGACCUAUCCAACCCAUACCAGUCUGGACAAACAGACAUUACAAUGAUGAUGAUGAUGGUGUGGACUGCAUUGGUUGAUAAAUUAGCAAAUCUAUCAGAGAAGGUAUCAGCUGUGUUAAUUGUAAUUAGUUGUAGGACUAAACCCCAGCUGUUGCUGUUGUUGGUACAACUUUACAGCUGAGUAGACUGGUGCAAUGUGAAAUGAAGUGACUUGCUCGAAGACACAUCACUGUGGUACCUGAUCCUAGAAUUGAACCUACCUGAGAAAUUUUGGAGUCGGCUAAAUCUGAGUAUUUCGAACCGUAUAUGCGGGUUUUGUGAGUCAUGAUGUGAUUCUUUGAGUCUUUGUGAAAUUCGCUUUUCACUCAGGUUUUAUUGCCCAACAGGCAGAAGAACAAAAGUUGAUGGAAUGGCAUCUCCUCUCUAGUUUCUCUUUGAAUUUACAACAAUGGAAACACAUCCCUGUCCUGUUUCAUCCGGAUAGACAUUACCGUUUACAAAAACGGACCUUUCAAUGCAGUUCCUUCAUUGUUCUUUGAGUUUUUAUAUUUUCCAUUCUGUCUGCUGGAAUUGCAAAACAAUUACAGGAUUCCUAUAAUAUAGAUGCAGAAGUGGUAAGUUUGCUUCCCAACCACAUGGUUCCAGGUUCAGUCCUACUGCAUGGCAUCUUGGGCAAAUGUCUUCUAAUGUAGCUUCAGGCCAACCAA